GUCUCGAGGCACUUCCUGCACCGAGCCACAGUUUUCACAGCAAGCGACUAUCUGUCGUCGUGAGAGGAGGGGACAAGAUGAGGAACAGAGGUCUUUGGGAGGGAACGUGAGACUUGAGUCAAGGACAUUACCAUGACAUAAACCAAGGGCCCACCUGGAACUAUCUUCUUGUUUGUCUCUUGUAUUGUUUCUGUUUUUGUUUUUUCAUUGUCUAGUCUCCACCUGUUUUACCUUGUGUUCACCCUCUUCUUGUGGAGAACAGAUAAUGAAGCAAUGCAGGAGUAUUUGCUUGGAUCAAACUUUAACGUAUCACACUACUGUCUAGAUGGAUGGCCUCUUCUUGUCUGCCUCCUAUAUAUCACUGAGAUUAAAUAUAGCAAUAGAGGUAUCACAGGUCUUGAAAAAGCCUAAAUUAUCAUAUCUUUAUGGCGUUAAUUAAAUUUCGGCCAGCACUUACCAAGCAACAUAUUUUGCAGAAUUCUUUACUUGUGUGUUAAUUUAAUUUGAUUGUUGUAGCCUCGUUUUCUACAUAACGUGUGUUCGUGUUUGUCUUAUUAAUACUUAAUGUAUCAGUAUUUCAAUGCAACUAAGAGUUUUCUUCAUCUGUGUAAUUAUUUAAAGAUUUAUUUUUAAUGUUGAGUAGCUGCUCAGCUGCCUUAUAUUGUUAUCACAAUAGGUGGCUUUAAGUUGUAAUGUAAACCUAUUUUUUUACUUAUGCAACCUUUGUGAAGAACACUUUUGUUUAAAUGACUGAUCUUGUUGUGGAAAAUUACAUUUUUAAGCCCUGUUGUUUUUGAAUAUGUUGAAGUAUUGCCUGUCCACUUUUCAACUGGCAGUAAACUGUGGAAGCUGACGGCUCUUCAGUUCAAACUGUGAUGGGAGCUUCCUAACUGUGACAAAGACUGGUCUUUUGCAGUUCCCAUCUUCACUGGAUAAAUACGCUGUACAGAGGAACCUUUGAACUGGAAGAAGUUAUUUUUCUUUUAAAUGAAGACAUACUUCUGAAAUAGACAGACAGGAACAGUAACUCAGAGUAGAUUUUUUUUGUGAUAUUGUUUCUUGAAUUCAAGCACUGAAGAGGAAGAAUGAUUUUGAGGAGAUUUCAGAUAUAAAGCUCUCAGACUGACAUUCAAAUACACUUUGAUUUUCCCUGCAUUUUCUGAGCUGCCAAAUUCCACUCUUCACACCUCUAACUGUAGAAAAUACUACCAUAAAACUUGUUAGGCAUAAUUUUUCCUGAUAAACCUUGUCCACUUCAGCAGUGAGGAUGAGAUCCCCAGAACCCUCUUCACCUUCUCCAGCAGAAGCCCUCCUUCAUGGCCAGUUUGCAAACUGGGGAUCAGGCAGUAACAGCAACAAUAACAGCUGCCCCAACAGCCCUGGUGGUCCAGGCGGACUCUCCCCUGCUGCCUCCCCUACUCCGGCUCCGGCCUCCAACUAUGCCUUGACCCUUACCCACACCCACAUACAUAUCCAGCGCCUGUCUCCACGGGCGGGGAAGGAAGCCCGUCUCCUGCUGCCUUUAUCAGAGCUAGUGGGGUGCAGCUGCCCUCGUGCCCCUGCACCUCCUCUCCUGGUACUGUACUGGUACCCGCCAGGGAAACGACGGAAAGGGGUGUCCCGACGCAGGCAGGUGAGGGCCUACAUGGCAGAAAGCAGGCCUGAAGCUGAGAGGUGGUCGGCAGCUGUGCAGUGUCUACUCAGAGAUGUGAUCGUCACUGCUGACACUGAAUUUUCAAGAAGUCUGCUACCUCGUCCUAGGCGACUACUGUUAUUGGUCAAUCCCUUUAGUGGGAGAGGCCAGGCAAUGCAGUGGUGUCAGACCCACAUCCUGCCAAUGAUCAGAGAGGCCAACAUCAGUUACAACCUUAUACAGACAGAGCGCCAGAACCAUGCGAGGGAGCUUAUCAGAGAGAUAUCACUCCCAGAGUGGGAUGGCAUCAUUAUUGUUUCUGGCGAUGGCCUGCUGCAUGAGGUCAUUAAUGGGUUGAUGGAGCGUCCUGACUGGGAACAAGCAAUAAAAACACCUGUCGGAAUUCUUCCCUGUGGCUCCGGGAAUGCACUGGCUGGGUCCAUCAACCACAAUGCAGGGUAUGACAUGUGCCUUCGGGAGCCCCUCCUUUUGAACUGCUGCUUUUUGCUCUGUCGAGGCGGUGUCCGACCCAUGGACCUGGUUUCUGUGACAACAAGCCCUGCUCCCUCCAACAACAGUCGUACUGCAGCACCCAGGAGACUGUUUUCUUUCCUUUCUGUUGCCUGGGGCUUUGUGUCUGAUGUGGACAUAGAGAGUGAGAGGUAUCGCGGCCUGGGCUCAGCCCGCUUCACCCUUGGCACCCUGGUGCGCAUAGCUUCUCUUCGAUCCUAUAAGGGUCGUCUUUCCUACCUGCCGCCCUCUAUUCUCAACACAUCACCAGAUGCCACAACUCCUCCGCCAAGGAGACCUCUCUCCCGUAGUAUCACAGAAGGCCUUGAGGGCUUCUGCCGGACGCCCAUCCAUCGCACCUGCUCUGACAUGGGCAUCAGCGAACAGAGGAGCCUGCGCAAGGGUGAGGGAGAGAGGGAAAAAGAGGAGAGGCAGAGAGAAAGGGAUAGGAGAAGAGAGAGGGCCAGGGGAGGAGGAAGUGGUGUAGUGAGGGCCAGCAGUUUGGCGGAGGACAGAGAGAGGGAGGGGGAGGUGGAGAUGGAAGCAGAAGAGGAGAGGUCAGGGACAUGUUCGGAGAGGUCGGGGACGAGUUCAGAAUCUAAUGAAAGGGACGACUGCAGUAUGGGAAGGGAAGAAAGGUUGGCAGAGAUCAAGGAUGAAAGGGAAGAUGAGGGAAGAGUAGACCCAGACUCCAGUGUGAUGGAGGAGGAGGAGAGGGGGAAGGAUGGGGAAGGCAGUGGCUGUUCUGUAGAGGGGGAGGGAGUGUUGCAUGCAAAAGAGCUGGGAGAGAGCUAUGGGGUAGACAUGGGGCGAGAGGCAGAUGAAGAGCCAGAGGAUUGUUUCACUUACCAAGAAGGCCUUCAGAAUGCCAGAAAGGCACUAAGAAAGAAUUCAGCCCCUUCAAGCCAGAUAGCCAACACUCUCUUCAACCAGCCUCUCAGUCAGGAGAAAGAAGCAGAUUCUGGCCUUUCAUAUGGAGUAGAGGACAUAGAUCUGAAUGGAACCUACUACCAGAAAGAACCCUACCCACUGGAAGUUGCUCGUGAGCGAGCUCUCACCAUCUCCUCUCCCUUUCGUCACUCUCCCUUCUCUUACAAGCCCAAGACCCUGGACCAAAACCAGAACGCCUCCAGGCCGAGGCCACUUUCCCUCCUCCAGCACUCCCACUCAAACUCCCUCCCCCCUAAACUCCCCUCGCUCUCUCUGUCUCUUUCUCCCACACCACCCUCUUCCCCAUCUUGUGCCUCCCCACACUCCUCAUCCUACCUCGCCCCGCGUCCUAACACCCCAAACUCCACUUCGCCCUCACCCUGUCUACGCACACCGUCCUCAUCUUUUAACUUUGACAUUUCCGAGCCAUCAGGAGCCCUUAAGAACCGUCCUUUCGUCUCACUGCCUUUAAAUCUCCCAAGGGAUGACUUGUUACCCUCCCUUGACCAACCCCUUCCCACCAGAGACUGGGUCACCAUUGAAGGGGACUUUGUCCUGGUCCUGGCCCUUUAUCAGACCCACCUUGGGGCUGACCUCCAUGCUGCACCCCAGGCCAGGUUUGAUGAUGGGCUGAUCCACCUGACUUUUGUGCGGGCAGGGAUCUCCAGAGCCACUCUACUGAGAUUGUUCUUUGCCAUGGAAAGAGGAACCCACCACUCCGUCAGCUCGCCAUAUGUGAGCCAUAUUACCUGCAGGGCUUUCAGGCUGCAGCCUCUGUCCUCUCGAGGAACCCUCACUGUGGAUGGAGAACUGGUACCCUAUGGGCCACUUCAAGCGCAGGUUCACCCUUCCAUGGCCCGUCUCAUUGUUGGCGACUCUGGAGUGAGAAUUACCAGAUUCUAAUCAGGGAUUGGUUUAGCUGACAGAUACAGCACUCUACUGAAUUAUGUAAUUUCUGUAGCCAACUAUAUUCUGGGGGGGGGGGUAUCUUAGAGACUUAAAAUAGCCUAGAUUGCAGAAACUGCCUUUCUGGGGUUUAAUGAAAGGGAUAACCCGCCGAGCCACGCAUCAUUGGAGCAUGACUGCAGGGAUUAAUAGCGAAUUUGAAAAUGGAUGAAAAAUGCGCCUCAUUGCACAGCUGUUGGAUUACGCUCAGCGUACUCUGAGAAGCAUGAAAACUGCACAGACUGGGAUAAUAAGAGGGAAGAACAAUCGAAUGUUUAUGGGAUUUUUUGUGCAGAUAGUGCAUGUGUUGGAUGUAUACAUAGUAGUAUGCAUGCAGAGAAGCACUACCUGAUUUUUGCCUUACAGUGAGAUAGAGAGGAACCAGAUUAAAUUCAGAGGAAGUUGUUUGUAAACAUGAAAAACUAUAAAAAUACAUGAGAUUCACUUGGUCCAGCGCCCCACAAAAAUUGUCCCCAACCCUCCAUCUUCAACCCCACUCCAAUGUCAAAAUGUUUGAGUACAAAAACUUCUGUCCCUGAAGGGAAUGCCUUAUUUGACACUGGACAGUACAGUUGUACCUUUGCCCUUUCUUACUUAUAUAAGAAACCUAAAUCUUCCUCAUCUCUGUCCACCUAUCAGAGUGUCCGUCCUCUACAUAAAAGCAAAGCUAUGCUUGUAUUCUUAGACAUACUGGUAGAAUCUAUCUACUCUUAUGUUUGAGCACGCUGCUUUCCACUGUUCUAAGAGUCAGUGGAGAAAAUGUGGAUAAAAGUACACUUUAAUGACCAUUUUGUUCAUGCAAGUGAGUCGAUUCAGAGCAGCAAGAUCCACCUUUUCAGGGUCAUUACAUGAAUAGAAGCAGUGGAACUGUUGAACAGUGACCAUUACUGACAUUUUUACAUAAUCUGCCUCUUUUUCUUAGCCAGUGGAUGCACGAUGAUGAUGUCAGUGAUAUCAAACUUUGCAACAUAAAAAAUUGAACAUAAAAAUGUCUUAACAAAACAAGCUUCUUUGUCAGUGGUUUUAGACUGUUCAUUUUCAAGAAAUCUUUCAGAAUUAGAACCAUUAGCCCUCCGCACUAUUUUAUGUUGACAAUAUAUCACUGUCUCUGAGUAGUCAUCUUUGGAAGUCUAAUUAGAGGACAUUACAUGCCUCUUAAGUUGUAAGUAGUGCAGUUUUUUAGCACAAUAACUGGCGUUUGAGUGGCACAGAAAAUCACAACACUAGAAUGCACAGUUACUUUUUAGAUAGAUCUAAAGAGUAAUGCAGUGUCAUAUACAAUGUUUUGUUCUAUUAAAUGGAUGCACUAGUAUUAAUACCCUAGUCCAGAUACCAUAAUAAAUGGAUCACGUUACAUUCCUAGCCUGAAAUUGAUUGAAUUGCUCAAUUUUAACCCUUGUAGCUUUUGCAAGGUAGGACUGACUGAUUACAAAAUCAUUUAGAAACUAAAAUCCUGCUGCAGAGACAAACUAGGAUCAGCACUAAACUCCAGCAGCGCUGUUUUGGUGGAUCAGACUUUUGAACAAUAGAUAAAUCAGAUGGAAGAAAAACAAUUUGCACUGUGAGAAAUUAGCCAGCAGCAGAGCCAGUCUGUUUAUGUAAGUGAUAGGUUUGAUUUUAAAUUUAAAAUAUCUUGAGAACAUAAGUACAUCCAAAUUACGAUGUCCCCCUAAGUGAAAUAAAAUAGCAGACCAUGGGGCCCUACUGGGAAUUGUCAUGUUUUAGGAAUUAAUUCUGCUAUGAUAAAACCUGUUGAUGUACUUGGUCUGGACAAAGGAUAAAUCAUUAGCAAGUGCAGCGUCUCAGGCAGUAAGAAAACGUGCCGACUGCUUGGAUCAUCAUCAACAUACUGUAUGUCUUGGUUGUGCCUGGAUAAAUCAAUGCCUUUGUAUAAUAAGCCUGUAAAUUCUGGCUGUUGAUCAUGAAUUGUUCAAACCUGACUGCAGAAAAAUUGAGUAAAACUCUUUGCUCACCAGGCUGUUAUUUUUUCUUCUUUUUUUUCCCUUUAAAUGCACAAUGCAGCUAGUCUACCGCAAUUACACUAUGGUUACACAGCGACAGAAUGUGAGUACAACAUUUUGAGUCUAGGCUUAUAACAUUACCAAAUGGACAAAACUAUAUACACUUUAAAUGGAGUUUUGCCAAAAUGUUUACUCUUGAUGUUUAAGAGACUAGUUGUCACAGUUUACUUUCCUAAACACUUUGUCAUCUAUGGCCAUAGCUCGGAUCAUGGUGUUAUAGACCAAUUUGAUUGACCCCUCAGUCGAUAAUGCCAUUAAGAUAUCUGUAGUGGACUGUCUGUAAUGAAAUUGUAAUUAAUACUAAAACAAUGAAAAUAUAUACGUAUACUAUGUACAGUUAAUAGAUAUAUAUGGUUUUGAAUAAAUGUAACUUGAUAAGUUUGU